AUGUGCGCUGAGCAGCAAAACACUACCGACUCGACACGGCUCUUCCGCGACGAGGCGCGGCGCUGGCAGGCCGUGCAGGACCGCGACGCCGCCGCCGACGGCCUCUUUGUCUACGCCGUCAAGACCACCAAGAUAUACUGCCGCCCCAUCUGCAAGGCGCGCCUCGCGCGCCGCGCCAACGUCUCCUUUUACGACACAGGCCGCGCCGCGCACGAGGCUGGCUUCCGCGCGUGCAAGCGGUGUCGGCCGGAGCUGGCGGGCGGCAUGCCCGAGGAGCUGGCGGUGCGCAAGAUUCGCGCCUUUGUGGACGGGUGGCGAGACGGCGGUGACGGUAACGCUGACGGUGACGGUGAUGCAACAAACGCGGACAGAAAUCUGCGGCAACGACGACAACGACUGAGCUUGAGUCAGAUGGCUAGGCAGACGGGUCUUUCCAAGUGGCACUUUCACCGCGUGUUUAAGCGGUGCGUGGGCGUGACGCCGAGCGAGUUUCUGCGCAGCGGCGAAAAGGAGGCCGAGUCUUGGUCGCCGCCUACCAGCGGGACCGUGUCGCCGUGGACUGACGCGGAUCUGGAUCUUGUGCUUGGGGUGUUGCCUAUGGACCAAGAGGACAAGAAGCAAGGCUGUCACGACACCACUGGCUUUGCCUUGUGUGGUGUGGAGUCUGCGCUGAUGCCGUUGAGCGAAAACGGUCUUGGCUGGGAUGACGCCAACUUGUCGUUUGAUGAUUUUCUCGUCUGGCCAGACUGGCCAGAAGAGGCUGCCAAAUCAGCAUGA